UACGACUAUGCAAGACAAAAUAUAGAAUUACCAGAGCCUAUCAAACCAAGACAGGUGUAUAUAGAUCAAUUGGAAUUACUUGAUUAUAACAAUGUCAGCAAGACAUGUGUGUUGCGUGUUGUAUGUGGAGGAGGGACUUAUAUGCGCAGUCUUGUUCAUGAUUUGGCCAUCGCUAUGGGAACACAGGCACAUAUGACUGAGCUUGAGAGAACACAUCAGGGACAAUUUAGUCUUCAGGAUGCUAUAGCACUCGAUAGUUCUUUUCAACUCAAGUCAUGUAUAGAUAGACUACGCCAACAAUAAGAUAGACAAAAUCUAGGAGUCUCACUAAUACAGAUAGAUUUAUGCAUCAAUUUGAUUCAUUGUGCCAUAAAAUUCAUUGUCUGUCCAUAUUGAUUGUUAUUCUUUGAUAAGUUGUCUUUCUUCUUUUCUUUUCUCUUUUCCUCUUUCUCUCUCUAUUACCAAUAUGGCCUUUCAUGAAACUUCUUCUACAGCUACUGCUUCCCUUUCUUCCGCUGCAACAAAUGAAAACGUAUCUCCAACAAACAGUGUAAUUUUGAAAAUGGGAAUCAUUGGCGAUGCACAGAUUGGUAAAACGAGUUUGAUGAUUAAAUACGCUGAAGGUGCCUAUGACACAGAAUAUACACAAACACUUGGUGUUAAUUUUAUGGAAAAGACGAUUCUUAUUCGUCAAACAGAAAUCACAUUUAGUAUAUGGGAUUUAGGAGGACAAAAGGAAUUUGCUAGCAUGUUGCCCUUGGUGUGUAGUGAUGCAGUAGCCAUAUUAUUCACAUUUGAUUUAUCAAGGAAAGCAACACUAAAUAACUUAAGGGAAUGGUAUAGACAAGCAAGAGGAUUAAACAAGAGUGCUGUUCCUUUAUUAGUAGGCACAAAAUAUGAUGAAUUUGUAAAUUUGGCUUAUGAAGAUCAAGAGGAAAUUACGCGACAAGCAAGAAAGUAUGCUCGUGUCAUGAAAGCACCUCUUGUGUUUUGUUCUACAGCAGAAUCAAUUAAUAUACAGAAGAUAUACAAAAUAGUGCUGGCCAAAGUGUUUGAUUUGAAUUGUACUUUGCCAGAGAUCUCUGACAUUGGUGGCCCUAUUAUUGAAUAUAAACACUGUUAGUCACGUGAUUGUACGACACUUGAACAAUAAAUCUCCAUGUAAAGUUUCACAUGUC